AUGUAUGGUGCCUGCAGGCCCAUGUCCCAUGCAGUGAUGAAUUACCCUACAGCCAGAGGUCUGAGCACUGAACUCUUCCUGACUACGAAUCUCCAGGUGCAGCUCCAGCCACAAGACAUGUCCUGCUACGACCAGUGCCUGCCCUGCCAGCCCUGCGGCCCAACCCCGCUGGCCAACAGCUGCAAUGAGCCCUGUGUCCAGCAGUGCCAGGACUCCAGAGUUGUCAUUGAGCCCCCAGCUGUGGUGGUGACCCUGCCCGGCCCCAUCCUCAGCUCCUUCCUGCAGAACACCGCGGUGGGAUCCUCCACCUCUGCUGCCGUUGGCAGCAUCCUCAGCUCUCAGAGAGUGCCCAUCAGCUCCGGGGGCUUUGGUCUCUCUGGCUUGGGCAGCGGUUUCUGUGGCACGAGGAGGCGUUUCCCCUGCUAA